AUGAGAAAGGAACUUUUCCCAGAUAUAAUUGAGAGAUUAAGAAGAAAGUCAACUGAUGACGACUUUGGGGGAAUUGCGAUAAAGAAACAGCUAUUUCAAGAUAUUUUUACGGAACAUCAGAAGGGGGAUAAAUUACAGUUUGGAUAUGUCUGCGAAAAUCCAGUUCAGUGGGAACAAAGAUUCGAAGAAAAGGAUCUAAUGAAUAACCGCCAUCGUGGAAAGGUUAAAUGGGGAAAUAUAGAUGGCAGCUAUGGUGAACACUACUGGGACAUAAAUCACAGAUGA